AUUCUUGGCCAAUAGAAUACCCCAGUAUAGACCAGCUGUCCGGUUGCCUCUAACCUGAAGAGUUUGACCCAGGAUCCUUGGUCUCCGACGACCACCCUACACACACGAAGCCAUGUCUUCCGGCAGACCCGUGGCGCUGGUGACCGGUGCUAACAAAGGAAUCGGCUUCGCGAUCACACGUGACCUGUGUCGCAAAUUCUCCGGGGACGUGGUGCUCACCGCGCGGGACGAGGGGCGGGGCCGCACGGCGGUUCAGCAGCUGCAGGCAGAGGGCCUGAGCCCACGCUUCCACCAGCUGGACAUCGAUGACCCUCAGAGCAUCCGCGCGCUACGCGACUUUCUGCUCAAGGAGUACGGAGGACUGGACGUGCUGGUCAACAACGCGGGCAUCGCCUUCAAGGGUAAGCCUUGGGGGUUGGAAAGGGAAGGUGGCUUCCCCAACGCCUGUUAACAUGGUGGCAUAAGCCUCUCUGGGUAGCAUUCCUAGGACCAACAGGACUACAGUGUGGGACACUGAAAGAGAU